CUGGAUUAGCAAUGCAAAUUACCUACCAAUCUUCUCAUCAACCUCAGUCCAAAGUCUAAUCUAGUCCAUUCCUAAUCAAACCUCAGUACCGAUAGGUGGAUAAUUAUAUCCUUUAGAUAAGAUACCAUUAAUAAAUUUAUGAUAUCAGUCACCUAUCGUUUCUUUAUAAGUUAACAUAUUGUAAAGUAAGGUUAAACUGAACAGAACUUUAAAAGUUUUAAAAAUGCCGGUAACUGUACAUAAUAAUGUGGUUUCGGGACCGGAAGAACGAGGCAUUCCAGCGCAUUUAUCAUAUGGACAGUUUUUGUUUGAUCAGUUAAAAAAUGGUGGCGAUAAUAUAGCUUUAAUAAAUGCAGAGACUGACGAAUCUGUGACUUAUAGGCAUAUUCUUCAAAACAGUGUUAAUCUAGCCACUACUCUAAGAAAGUUGGGUCUCAAAAAGGGUGAUGUUGUGGGUUUGAGCAGUGAGAACCGAUUUGAAUUUAUAGUGGCUGCUCUGGCAGUUACAUACUGCGGAGGCAUCUUGUCUACAUUGAAUAUUACAUACACUCCUGGUGAGAUUACACAUUUGCUGAAAAUCAUUAAGCCUAAGUAUAUUUUUACUUCACCGAUCACAUCACAGAACAUCUAUGACUGUUGCAAUGAGAUGCCAUACAAGUGCCAGCUCAUCAUGUUUGGGGAGUUUGAUGUGGUGCCUGACUGCAUCAUGUUUGAUAACCUGAUCAAGGACCACGUGAAUGUGGAUGACUUCACCCUCACUGAUGUCAAUGGACAAGAUGACACAGUUGCUGUUAUGUGCUCCUCGGGCACUACUGGUCUGCCAAAAGGCGUUGAACUCACUCAUGUUAAUUUCCUCACACUGUCAGCACAUAUGAGAUACUACUUUGAAUGUGUACAAGAAAAGAAAAAAACUGGCAUCAUAAAUGGUUUGACAUUGAUACCAUGGUUCCAUGCAUAUGGAUUUAUAACAACCUUUGCUGUUAUGGCAAUGAAUAUCAAAAUUGUGUUCUUAAUUCGAUUUGAUGAACAGCAAUACUUGGAGACCAUUCAAAACUAUAAGAUCAACAUGACUACUAUAGUCCCACCCCUAGCAGUCUUCCUAGCUAAGCACCCGCUAGUACUCAAGUAUGAUUUAUCCUCUUUGGUUGAAGUUUGGUGUGGAGCAGCACCAUUGUCAAAGGAAAUACAACAAGCUGUCUCUGAAAGAACAGGUAUAGAUUUCAUUAAACAAGGUUAUGGCCUCACAGAGGUAACCAUGGCUUGUCUUGUGGACUUGACGAGCGGCGAGAAAGUUGGUUCUUGUGGAACACCUGCACCAGGCAUGAGAGUCAAGGUGAUAGAUAUCGAAAAUGGGAAACAGUUAGGUCCCAAUCAGGAAGGCGAGCUCUGGAUCAAGUCGCCCCUACGUAUGAAAGGCUACAUGGGCGACCGGGCCGCCAGCGACGCACUCAUUGACAGCGCGGGCUAUGUCAGGACCGGAGACAUCGGCUAUUACGACAACGAGGGAUACUUUUACAUUGUCGACAGACUGAAAGAGCUAAUUAAAUAUAAAGGAUUCCAGGUAGCCCCUGCAGAGCUCGAAGCCUUACUACUCCAGCACAAAGACAUAGCUGAUGCUGGCGUAGUAGGAUUGCCCAAUGAGGAGGCCGGCGAGUUACCGCUAGCUUUUAUAGUGACCCAACCUAAUUCCAAAGUAACAGAAAAAGAAAUUGUGGAAUUUGUAGCCUCCAAGGUGUCUCCAGCGAAACGCCUUCGAGGUGGAGUGGUCUUCCUCAAGGAUAUACCUAAGAAUGCUUCAGGCAAGAUCCUCAGGAGGGAGUUAAGGAAGAUGUUACAGAAGUACAAAAGCAAGCUUUAAUAAUGUCCCAAAGCAAUAAUUUUAUUUAUAAAAAUAGACCUAUUUUGAAAUAACAAAUAAUUAAGUGUAAUUAUUACCAAUCUUGUUGAUUUUUUGUUGUAAUUAUAAAAAUUGUGAAGGGCA